GACGAAAAGUAAUUGUGCGUGUUUCAAGAGCAUUAAACAAUGACAUGGCAGACAAAUUAAGUGUUAUAAAUCAAGCAUCGGACAAGUUCCUAACAACGCGGCACCGGAGCACGCGCCAUGCUCAAGUUGAUUUGGAAGCACGAGCAGAUAACAAUCAGCUAGUUCACGAAAGUGCACCCGGCCGAAUAGCAGUUAUUGUUGCUGAUAGUACUAGAGGCAGUCGACCAACGUUGACGGUGCAAGUAACAAACACGGGUCUCUUCGUGGCGCGAUUUAGAGUACAAAUACGAGAUUGUGAUUCGGAUCCAGUGAAGCUCUCAGAAGAGCAGGAAGAGGACAUUACCUCCGAGGCUGUGUCUUUGCCACCACGUCACACGCGGCGCCUGCAGCUGCGCCUGCCAGCGUUCUCUCCCGGCGAGAAUCCCGAACUCCAGCACUGCACUGUUUACCUCUUAAAUGAGGACGGCGAGUCGGUCGCAGUUCGGGAUGCGCUCAUAAAGAAAAGCGAUCACUGCUACUGCGUGUGGCAUUGCGACUGCAUCUGUUACGGCGACAACCCCCGGCUGCCGUGCCGGGAGAUGUCUGCGGCGAGGCAAGACGCCGCGGGCUUGCCGGCACGGCGCGGCGCCCGCUUCACUCGCUCUUGCCACUAUGUUGAUGUGACAACGAUUAACAUUGCGGUCGUUAUUAUUGGUGUUAUUGGGAUGUUACUCUUUCUCGGCGUGUUGAAAGGUCUGUUGGGGUUGGUAUGGCCGCGAGCUGGCCUGUGGGGCCUGGACUGGGUCCUCGAGGAGCCGAGACCUAUCGACCGCUAUCGCGAGCGCUGCCUGCGAGCUCGCCAGGUCGUGUACGACAGCAAGGGCUGGCCGGUGCAUCCGGACACGGGCAAGAGGACAGUCAGAGUGGUCAGCUUACCGGUGGAGUUUAUUUUGAAUGUUGUAUUUUUUAUGGUGAUCCCUGGGUUGGUAGCAGUAGACACAUUAAAGCAUUUAAGGAAAGGCAAGUCAUGCCACGCUUGUGUAGCCGUUGACAAAAACAAUGCAAAUAUGCCCAAACGAUCGAAAGAAACAUUAAUCCGCCGUCACCAAUCGCAGGUAUUUUGA